GUGGAUUUUGAAGAUGUGCAUGCCAGAACUGUGGCUGAAAGGAGGAGGGAAGAGGAGAAGCAAAAACGACUGGAUAACAUUUACAAAGAAAAAGCCAAAAGAGCUGAAAAAGAAAUGGAAGAAAUGUCCCAAGAGGUUACUGACACGUUGACAGAGAUGGAAAACUGUUUCCGACUUCUUAUGCCGGAUCCUUUUGACUUCACUGUGAAUGACACGGAACUGGAACCCAACAAACAAAUGCCUGCUAAUGAGGACAGAGCUGCGUCCCCCUUGCCCUCCCAGAUGGAAGUUAAGCAGUCCGAUUUUGAAUGCAUGGAUGAUGAGCAGCCAUGCUGCAGCAAGGACGUUCUUCCUGUUUCUCAGUGUGUUAGAACUGAUGAGGAGUUUGAUGAGAAACAAGAGAAGCCUGAGCAGAAAGAAUCAGGUGGAGGCACACGCUUGGAAGUUCAGUCUGGUGUCCCUGCUCUCGAUGACGAUGAUUACCACACUUUCGUUAGGAACCAUGGGCUUGUUUCACAUAAGUAUACUCUAGACCUUGAAAUCUCCACAGAUAUAAAAGUGCAUGAGAAUGAAGAUAAUACUGCCAUAAUAAACAGUGUCAUGGAUGCUCACAAACUCCUCAGAAAUAAGUUCUGGCCUUCUGUGCAGUCUUGGAUUCAGUUAUUUACCAGAGCAGGAAUAAAUGAUGAUCGGCUAAGAUGUGCCAUUGAUCUCAAGAAUAAAUUGGAGACUGCUAUGAAGAAAUACAAGGAAAUGAACAUUUCCUUUAAAGAGAGAAAAAGAAAAGUGAUGAAAGCCUCGGAUGAUGAUGACGAUGAUGAGGAUGAAGAUGAAUUUGUGGAGGUCCCCGAGAAGGAAGGUUAUGAGCCCUACAUUCCAGACCACCUGCGUAAGGAAUACGGGCUGGAGCCCCGGUCACCUCCAAAAGCACCAGUGAGGAAGACAUCAAUAGGACCAGCUCUGCUGAGCUCCCACACCCGGCUGAAAGAGAAUGAAGACGAACUUGACCCAACCUGUGCAGCUGCCACACUGAAGCUUAUUAGAGACAAACUACCAAAGUUACCACCUCCACAUGCCAGUGACUCUGCAAGUACUGAGCCAGCAGCCUUGGAAGAGCCUGACAGUAAGAGAAGAAAACUAGAAGAAGAAAGAGCUAAAGCUCCCCUCAUGCCUUUUGGAUUAGAUCUUCACUACUGGGGCCAGGAUCAGCCAAGUGCUGGGAAGAUUCUCAAAUUUACUUCUGAGCAUCGAUUUUGGGCACCCAGUGAAGUAGAGGAAGAGGUGGAAAAUAAAGAAAUAACUGAAAUGUUAAAAACUAGGUAUAUAACAUUUGCUGGCAAGUUUGAACCAGUGAAACAUAAAUGUCGAGCACCAAUGCCCGAUGGAAGCCUGUGUGAAAGACAAGAUCGGAUUAAGUGCCCUUUCCACGGAAAGAUAAUUCCUCGGGAUGAAACUGGGAUUCCCGUUAAUGCAGAGGACAGAGCCAGAGAAGAAAAGAUGCGGUUUGAUAAGCAAGCAGCUCAGCCAGAGUGGCGAGAUCCGGAAUUCAUGAGAGAAGUUGAAGCAGCUACAGGAAUGGAUCUUGGUUCCUCUAAAAAUGCUGGAAAAGGAGGGAAAAAGAAAGGGAAGAAGAAAAAAUAUCCAAAUCUGACAGACUUGAAGCAGCAGGCUAACACUUCUCGUUCCCGGCUUGAGAAGAAAGUCUUCAAUAAGUAAGAUGCUUACAUUCUCUAAAGCCCGUUAAAUUGCUGUUUCCCUU